AUGUACCGAAACCCCCACCUUGGAGAAAGGUUAUCUUGGAAGUCCAAAGUAAUCUCAAUCUCACCUGUAUACGAAGUAUAUCAUCUGCUGUGGAAGUAUCCAUCUCCUAGCUAUUGUCAUACCCAGAGGCUACGAAGUCCACCGAAAAUCACCAUCGGUUCGUCCAUCAAUCAGGUCACAAACAUUCGACAAAUCCUCAUGGGCAAACGAAUCAUUGUCACCGGGGGCUCCGGUAAAGCCGGAAGACACAUAAUCGAGUUCCUCCUUGCCCAAGGCCACGAAAUCUUGAACCUAGACCUUGCGCCGCUCCCCGCUCCCCUCAACCAACAAGUCCACACUCUCAAAACCAACCUAACAGAUGGAGCCCAGGUCUACAGCGCCAUCCACUCCCAUUUUAAACUCACAGAGCCUUUCGCGGCCUCAGAACCACUCCCGGACGCGGUCAUCCAUCUCGCUGGACUUGCGCGGAACAUGCUUGUGCCGGACAAUGAAACCUUUCGCGUGAAUACCACGUCCACAUAUAACGUCGUCGAAGCAUCCUGCCGUUCUGGAAUCAAGAAAAUCAUCCUCGCAUCGUCAGUCUGCGUGUAUGGAGUGACUUAUGCAGACGGGGAUAUCAACUUCCCUUCAUUCCCGGUGGAUGAAGAGAUUGACGUGAAUCCGAUGGACGUCUAUGCUCUUUCCAAAGUCUGCGGCGAGAAGACGGGGAGGUCCUUUGCGAGGCGGUUCGGUGUAGACGUCUAUGCGCUCCGUAUAGGAGCAAUCAUCGCGCCGGAGGAAUACCAGACGGCAUUUUCCUCGUACGUGCAGGAUCCUGCAAGGUGGAAGGUCCAUGGCUGGUCGUACACGGACGCGAGAGAUCUGGGAAAGAUGUGCGAUCUCUGUGUUGCGAAGGAUGGACUCGGCUUUCAGGUGUUCAAUGCGACAAACGAUAGGAUUACGAACUUGUCACCCACGGUUGCGUUCCUGCGGGAGGUACAUCCAGAGGGAGAGGUCGAAUUUACCAGGGAGAUGGAUGAGUUCGAGGCACCGCUAUCAAACCGAAAGAUAAAAGAACUGCUUGGUUUCGUGGAGGAUCAUCCUUGGCAAAAGUACUACACCGCAAGCAAAGACUAG